AUGGUUACUCGAAUUUUUGAUUUGAUGCACAAGUUAGUCAAUCUUAUGCAUCAAUUGUUGAUUCAUUAUCAAGGUUCAAUAGAUUCCACUCAAAUUGGUAUUCUUCCACCAAAGGCUACACCUAAAGGUGUUGAAGGUUCAUCAAAAGCAUCUAAGGGUCUAAAGAAAAAGAAACAAGAAGAGAAGUUAAUAGAAGUAGUAGAAGAAGUGGUUAAAGAGAUUGAUACCCAUGUCAAAUCGACUACCGAGGAGACAAGUAUUCUUGGUGUUAAUGCAAACUUAUCUAACACAUAUGUAAACAUCAAUUCUAGUGCACCACAAAGCACAACAAUCCUUGAACAGACAAAAGUUAUAUCACCUGGGGUUUCGAAUACUGAGUUCAUUAUGGAGGAGGUCGGAAGUCUAGACAUUACUGUGAAAUUAUCUGAUAAUGAGAAAAAUAUUAAUAUGGGUGAAGGAAUUCACACUAUCGAAACAAUAACAAAUGAAACAACAACAUUCGAAACAACUAUUGUUUCACCACGACGACCAACUUCUGCACCACCUACAUAA